AUAGCUCAAUUAUGUUGUUUGCUAUAAACUGGAGAAGAUUUUCAACCCUGAAAUCAAUAAAAAUAUGUUUACCACUCAGGUCAAUCAAAAUUCUGUGUUAAACAACAAUUAAGAGGAGCGGAGAUUUCUGUCGAUAGUCCUUCGGGAAUGCUCGGAAGUUGCUUAGCAAAGUUUGUAACAAGAUGGCGCUGUUAUCUUCUGCUUGAAUAGCAAUCCCGCAGAGAAAAUUGUAAGAGACAAUUCGUUACGCGGUGAUGGCUAAAAUACCAGUUUCCUCUGAAGUGAGACGUUUCAGCGAAGGGAAGUAUGGAAGCCGGCCUCAAUCACGUGCUGGUAACAGACCUCCCAGUAGCAGAUCUGUAGACAGUCCCUUACCAGCGUAUACAAAUGAUAAGACACAGGCAGCCCAACACAGAACUAAUAUAGUACAAAGUCAACCUCAUGUCAGAGGUAGUUUGUUACGUCGUCAUACUUCAGAGGACAUUUCACAUGGACAUGAGUUUUCAUUAGGUCAUGCAUCAUUUGUUCCACGACCUCCUUCAAGGACCUCUUCAGAAAAAUUAGAAUGUCGACCUAAGUCAGCUAAGGGACGAUUACGCCCCAGAUCUGGACUCAAAAAGGAGAGUAUAGCUUCAAGAGAGAACUUUCAGGUUGUUGGAGAGCAAGCAUCUUUACUGACACCACUGAGAUCACAAUCAUCAUUUUCAAAGUACAAGCCACUUCCAUCAAUUGGUUCAGGUCAGAAAGUUGAGUCAGACUCAAACAAAUCACAACUUGUUCUGGAAAAGACAUUUGAUAAUAGGGAUGAUAGUGUUUUGCUACAGAAGACAGCUACUCUUUCAUUAGAAAAUUCACUUCCCAAUGAACCAGAUGAUUCAGAACCUGGAAGAAUUCAUCUGGCUAUAAAGUUAUUAGAUGGAUCACGUCAUGAAAGAUGGUUUAGAAACACUGAGACACUUGGCACGGUGCUGGCCUUUGCUCAGUCAUGUAGUGAAGACAGACUCCCUCUUUGCCAGUUCUUUACCAAUGAGGUACCACGACAGGUUUUUAAUAACUUUGAUGUCAGUCUGACACAAGCUGGUAUAAAUUCAAGAACAGUUCUUCACCUGGAAGACAUAUGAGCAUAACUAAUUAAGUGCAUUUUAUAAAGUACUGGCUCGCAAUACAACCUUUUGAAAUUACCAUAUUUUGGAUAAAAGGUGCUUAUGUGGGAAAAUGACAGAAGCACAGUGGCAAAGAAGGCAUGAUACAGGUCUACACACCACAUGAGUAGGAAGGCAAGUACCAUCAUGUACUGUUCAUGAAAUUUUAUCAAGAUUUACAAAUGCAAAUUGUAAAUGAAUGUCAGCCAAAGGGAAGAAGCAUUGAUUUCUUAACUGGACUAACUUGAAAGGCAGGAAAGUGUGAAAUAUUACUGCAGAAGUCUAAAAUAUCUCCUUCUGCAACUGAUCAAUCAUGACAAUUGAUCAAUCAUUGGGAUUGGCAAAAUGGAAGUGGCAACAGUCAUUGUCUUCAGCUGCCAGAUAACUUGGUAUUGUGUAGAUUUAUUUAAAAUCAUUAAGAAAAAAAUUCUUUUAAGAUAAUGUGUCAAUCAAUUUGA